AGAAAAGGAUGAUGACACAGAUUUACCGGCUGAUCUUCCUCCAGAUCAAAAGGAUCUUAUUUACCGAGAAAUAGCAUUCUUUCGAGAACGUGCUGCAGCAAGAGAGCGAGAGCGCCAGAGAGAAGAAGAAGAACGAGCAAAUCGUAGAGCUAAAGCUGAAAAAGAAAGAGAGCGUUCACAUGGAAGGGAAAAUAGAGAGAGAGAACGUGAGAGAGAAAGAGAGCGGGAUCGUGAUAGAGAUCGAGAUCGGCAAUAUGGACAUUAUCAUCAACCAGUAAAUUUUGUUCCUGCAAGAGAAUCAAGACGUGAAUCUUAUAUUUUAGACGAUGAAGAAGAGGAACAACGUAGACAAGCUAAAAGAAAAACCGAAAUGGAAAUGGCUUUUAAAGGGGGAAAGACGAUGGCAACAUAGAGAAGAAACAAUGGCAACAAAUCGUGAACGUGAAGCAGAACGAGAUUUAGAUAUUAGAGAAAAACAAAUUCGAGAUCGGGAAAUAAUGGCGAGGAAGUUAGCGGAAUGGGACGAUGACAUUGAAGCUGAUAGAGGUCAAGAAGAAUAUUACAAAGACAGAUCUCGUUGGUGGUUCCAUCGACAACAGUUCAGAGCACGUGAAUUGGCUAUGGAUGAGGCAGAUAGGUUGCGAGAACAGCAGGAAAUUGAGCUUGAGCAACAUCGAUUACAGACGCUUGAGGAAGAAAGAAAACAGCGUGAAGAAGCUAUGGAAGCUGAAUUAAAUAAUGAAAAAGAAAUUUUGACGCUUGCCACAAAUGGUACUUCACAAAAUAAUAGCGUUAAACCAAAGCUAACUCUUAAUCUUGCAUCAAAACGUCGCGCGGCAUUAAUGGCCCCAGCUGAAGAUGAGGAAUUUGACGAUGAAGAAGGUAUUGAAUCAAAACGUAAACGUCGAAUUUUAGUUCCUUUGGAAUAUAGUGAUAAUGAGGACGAUGAAAACAAAACCGAAGAAAGGAAAAAGAAAAUUAAAGAAUUAGUGGCAACUAUACCAACGGAUAAAGAAGGACUUUGGAAUUGGAAUGUUAAAUGGGAGGAAUUAGAUGAGAAUAUUCUUAGCAAAAAGUUACAGCCAUUUGUAAGUAAAAAAAUUGUUGAAUAUCUCGGCGUACAAGAAGAUGAAUUAGUCUCUUUUGUUAUUGAUCAUUUACGUAAUAAAAAGCCAGCUGAAGACUUAACCAAAGAAAUGAUGAUGACUUUAGAUGAGGAAUCCGAGCUAUUUGUAAAGAAGUUAUGGCGUAUGUUAAUUUUUGAAACGGAAAGUAAGACAAGAAAAAUAUAAAAUGAAGAUACAGCUUUUGAAAGGUUUCUAGAAUGGGCUAGAUAAUUCGGAGUAAUUCGAGGCAGUGGCAUACAACACGUAUCCAGAGUUUUUUAAUUUAUAUAUAUUGUCUAUCGGAUUCUUUUCAUUAAAUGUGAUAUUCAAAAAAAUUAAAAAUUAAAUAUAAUAAAAAUUCAUAAUGUAAUUCUUUUUAUCAAUGGAAAUUGUUAAAAUAAUUACUUAAGAGAUCUAUUU